AUGUCCGCUGCGCUAGUUCCCAGUGCUUUGUUCAGCCGUUCUGCCAUUUGCUUCUCAAGGAGCAGCAGGCUGAUUGGCUGUAUCGUCCCAUCAUCCCGCCGUUUCUCCCUCACACCUUUCAUCACUGGUCGACGCGGCUCGAAACCUCCCCUUCGCGCUGCUCGCCGGCCAUUUUCAAACUCCACCACCGUCGCCAUGUACCAGAAUUCAAAUGAAUCCGCAAAUCCAUCCGCGACUCCAGAUCCACCCAACUCGUUUCGACAGAAUCAGGAUCUUCCAGGGUUUCCCAAUCCCUUCGACAAUGCCGGCGAUUUCGAGCUCGGCUUUCCCGUGCGAAGCCUUAAGGAGCUGCUGUUGUGUCGCGUCAUGGGUCACAUUCGCGAGAAGCCGGACUGGAUCCGGAAGGUGACAGACGACGAAAUCGUCAGGAAAUGGAAGGCGGAGUUGACGGAGCCGGCAGCCGACGUCCAUCCUGACGGUUUUAUCGACGCCAGCAAGGAGUACUGGAGUGCGGAGGAAGCUUCCGCCGUGCUUUCGUUCCUGAGGGAGACCACAACGCGGCCCGUCAAGAUCGACCCUCCUCUCUUCACCUACGCAAUCUCUGAGCUUCGCUGGCUCGCCUCCUCCCUCUCCUCCACCUCCCCUGCUUCCUCUCCUCCCUCCUCCACUCCCUCCGCCUCCCUCUCCUCCCUCUCCUCCCUCUCCUCCCUCUCCUCCCUCUCCUCCCUCUCCUCCCUCUCCCUCCACGGCAAUCCCAAGGUCCUCCCAUCCGCAGUGAACGGCGUGUUCAUCUCCCCAGACCCCCCAUUCGACCCCUCACUCAAGCAACUCUUCCUAGACGGAAUCACCAAACUCGAAUCAGUUCCCGAGGAUCAAAUCGACUACCACCCGGGAUCAAACCACCAAGUGAUCGAUCUCAUUCAUCCCAGCCUUCAUUGCCUUGUCUUCGGCCGCACUAGAGUUAUCCAGGACCUGCCAAACGACCUGCAGAUUCUCCCCUGGGAUGAGCUGGUUAGUAGUUUGGGGGAGGUGGCUCGGCCUAUGCCGCUCAGCCAGCCGACCCGACCGGUGUAUUACCCGACCGGGAACCAUUCGUACCUCUCGGAAAAGUUUCAGUGGCUACCCGCCGAGGUGGACGUUGCUGCGGACGGGCAGAGUGCAAAGUUUCGGUCGUAUAUUAAUAACCUGCACCCGCAUGAGUUUGCGGGGAUGUAUCGGGGUCUGGAGCAUAUUUUUGCCACUGCGUUUGUUCCAUUGUUUAACAAAGUGCUGACGGAAGCAGUCCAGCAGCGACGAGAGCGAUUUGACUAUGAUAUUUACGGACCGGCAGCCCAAGCAGUGCUCUUCAACGCUCCAUGUUUCAACUGGGCCCCUGUCCAUUAUUGUCUUGCCUCUCACCCCCCUACCAGGUGGUAUGAUGAAUGGGAAGGUGAGCGAGAGUAUGACAAAGAUGAUGACGAUUACCACCAGUGGCUGGUGGACCGGCAGCCCAAGCCCUGUCCUCCAGGACCCCCUGUUCUUAUCUUUCAACUGUGCCUCUACCCACUUACCAGGUGGUACGACGAGUGGAAGGGCGAGCGGGAAUACGACAAAGACGACGAUGACGAUUACCACCAGUGGCUGGUGGACCGGCAGCCCAAGCAGCCAGACACCCCUGCAGAGUUCUCACCCCCACCGCCCCCCUCUCCCGGGCAUGUGGUGGAUUUGAAAGGGCGGAGACUGCAGGUGGUGGUGAAGGUGGCGAGCAUUCGGCUCACGCCUGACAGCCCGAGAUACCCCGGGGGUACUUGGCAUGUGGAGGGGAUGCGGAACGAACACAUUGUGCCCCCGUCCCCCGGACACGUGGUGGAUUUGAAAGGGCAGCGACUGCAGGUGGUGGUGAAGGUGGCGAGCAUUCGGCUCACGCCUGACAGCCCGAGAUACCCCGGGGGUACUUGGCAUGUGGAGGGCAUGAGGAACGAACACAUUGUGGUGAGUCCUCCCCCCCACGACCUCCCUUCCCAUGGCACGUGGUGGACGUGA